UGGAAGCGACGGAGACGCAGGGAACUAGUCAAGUCGUUGCGAGUAAAGAGCCACCCACAGGUGACUGGAGCACGGCGGACGAGAUGCCGGUCGGCCAGCAGCACGACGACUACGAGGACGACGACGACGAUGAGGGCGGCAGACGAGGCGGCCCCCCGCGUCCAUCGGAGCCCCCCGGCGGACCAGCUUCGCCCCCCGAGGCGGACGGCGCCUCUUCCACAGCGGCCGCCAGCAGCACCGCGGCGCCCUCCUCGGCGCCCUCCCCGGCCUCCCCGGGCGCCGCCCCUGUCGCAAACGCGAGCAGCGCCGCCGUUGACGCCGGCGCCGCCGUUUCCCAGGCGGCGGUGAACCAGACCCGAGCCGCGUCCAAACCUGACGACGACGAGGAGAUGGUGUACGACACGGACGAGCUCGUGAUCGAGGGCGACGACGGCGACGCCGAGUACGAGGGCGACACGGAGCAGACGCUGCCCGAGUUCCUCGAGUCCAUCCUCAGCCUGUGGAGCUCGUCGCCCGCGCCGCCCAAGGUGCACAACGGCCACCGAUAUGGCGACACGCAGGCGGGCGACCAGUGGCCGGUGGCCAGCAGCCCGUCGCCCACCCCGUCCACAAGGGCGCCCGUGCCCGUUGUGUCGCCCACGCUGCCACCCCGGCUCUCCCUCGUGCACCGAGUCACCCCGUCGCCCACGCCGUCCCCGGAGGCCCCCGCCGACGACGACUGCGAGUCCCCGCGGCUGCCGCUGUGCCGGGGGCUGCUGCCUUACGACCUGACGCUGGCGCGGCCCUCCGUGCCGCAGGUCCCCGCGCUCCGCACGGCCGCCGACCUGAGCGCCGCGAUGCCCUACUUUGAGCUGGUGGCGCAGUCGGGCUGCUCGGCGCGCGUCAGGGCGUUCCUGUGCCCACUGCUCGAGCCCGAGUGUGUCCUCAGGACGGCCAGGCCCCGACGGCCCUGCAGGCGCCUGUGCAGAGCUGUCGCCGAGGACUGCCAGGACUUCAUCCUCAACAACCUGGAUCUGUCGCGGGUGUUCGAUUGCAGCCACUACCCAGACGCCCCACACGGCGAGGAGUGCCUGGACCUGAGCGCCGGCACCGGCAGCUGCCUGCCUCGUGAGUUCAGCUGCGGCGACGGCACCUGCGUCCCGCAGCGGUGGCUUUGCGACGGCAGGGCCGACUGCGCGGGCGGUGCCGACGAGCGGAACUGCACCUCCGUGUGUCCGGACGACCACUUCCGGUGCGCGUCCAGUGCGUCGGCCGGCCCCACGGGCGUGAGCUGCGUCCGCGCGCUGCUGCGGUGCGACGGCCGCCAGGACUGCGCCGACGGCUCGGACGAGGUCGGCUGCGCGGCCAACACGGGCGGAGCAGCCCUAGGCGGAGUGUCGCCCUGCCCGGCCGAGGAGCUGAGGUGCCUGGACGGCCGCUGCAUCGGCCUCCACAUGUUGUGCGACGGCCACCCCGACUGCCAGGACGCCGCCGACGAGGGUCACUGCCCCGCAGCCAGCGCGGGCGGCGCGCCCAGGAGGCUCAAGCGGGCGCUUCUGUCCACCACCACCGCCCGGGAGCCGUGGGCCAGACACAAGACUGUGGCCAGGUCCCCUCUUGGCCAGACCCACCUCCUGGGUCCCAUGGUGGGCUCUCUGCAGUGAGGCUGGUUGUCAAGUCCUCCCACCCGGCCAACGUCUAGCGAGAAACGAUAGUCGAAACGAUAUCGAUACGAUGUUUAAUCGUCGUACUUUUCGAUGAAAAAUGCGGGCGUCACGACGUACCGAUAUCAUUUCUGUCAAACAUUUCCGACGAAGAUUUGCAUAGGCCCUGUGGAAAGUGUGUUCAGAAACUUUGUCGGUCUGACAAUUACUAUUAUUUGGGCCCAUGAUCUAUCAAACGACUGUCUAGACCCAAAACAAUAGUGAGACACGCUCUGCCUAAGUGCGUGAGUGUGUUUGUGAGUUUGCUACUCGUUUGAAAAGAAGUUAAGUACCCUCUCGUGUCCUUCAGCGAUCCUGACUUACCGUUGUGAUGAAAGAAAUGUUCCCAAUGUCUUGUCGUUUUGAGAGUUCUGAAAAUGUCUUACUGAAUUCGAGAAAAAAUAGAAUUUAAACACAGAUAAUAAGGAUCCGUAUAAAUGUUUUUCAGACUGAUUGUAUUUUUGAUACUGUAAAUACGAAGUGUGAUAAAAGCUCUCUGAAGAACGGUCUUAGCUUUCGCGUUUUGUUUUGUGAGCUUUAAUGAAACUAAGAGUAACUAUUAUUGUCUUUGUAUUAUGACCUCCACAUCAAAGAAGCUUUUUCUUGGCUUGUCUCUCUGAGCACCUAUGUUGCAGCCUUUGGUGCUUUUGUUGUUGUUUAUUGUUAUUAUUAUUUUGUAAUUAAGAUUCAAAUUUUGUUAUUUUUCGAAGUUUUGUUUUACUUCUAGUGCAACACAUUAUCUCUAAAUACGCGCUCCCAUUUUCCACUUCCGAAAACUUACUAACUGAAAAGUGAGUUUUUAAGACUAUGGUGAGACAUUGAAUCCAAGAAAUAGAUGUUGUAGUGCCAAAUGUAUAACAGUGUAAAUAUUGAUGUAUAUGUUGUGGAAAUUUUCUUUGAAAAGAGAAAAAACGUUUUUGAUAAGAAACGACGAGUUUUUGUAUAAAAUAAAAUGAAUGAUUGCUA